CCAGCGCCGGAGCCUGCGGUCCAACUGCGCUGCUGCUGGAGCGCUCAGUGCCGCUGCCCGCGCCGCCCGCGCCCAGCUCGACACCCACUGGUCGCCGCCGCCCGCCGCGCCGCUGCCCCGCUCCUGCGCCUCCGCCGCUGUCCCUCGACGACUGGGUGAUGCUGGACAUGGGAGAUAGGAAAGAGGUGAAAAUGAUCCCCAAGUCCUCGUUCAGCAUCAACAGCCUGGUACCAGAAGCGGUCCAAAACGACAACCACCACGCGAGCCACGGCCACCACAACAGCCACCACCCCCAGCACCAUCACCAUCACCACCAUCACCACCACCACCCACCACCGCCGGCUCCGCAACCGCCGCCGCCGCCGCCGCCGCCGCAGCAGCAGCCGCCGCCUCCCCAGGCACCGCAGCCCCCUCAGGCGCGGGGCGCCCCGGGCGCAGAAGACGACAAGGGCCCCCAGCAGCUGCUGCUCCCGCCGCCCCCGCCGCCGUCCUCGGCUGCCGCCCUGGACGGGGCCAAAGCGGACGGGCUGGGCGGCAAGGGAGAGCCGGGCGGCGGGUCCGGGGAGCUGGCGCCCGUCGGGCCGGACGAGAAGGAAAAGGGCUCCAGCGCUGGGGGGGAGGAAAAGAAGGGGGCGGGCGAGGGCGGCAAGGACGGGGAGGGGGGCAAGGAGGGCGAGAAGAAGAACGGCAAGUACGAGAAGCCGCCGUUCAGCUACAACGCGCUCAUCAUGAUGGCUAUCCGGCAGAGCCCGGAGAAGCGGCUCACGCUCAACGGCAUCUACGAGUUCAUCAUGAAGAACUUCCCCUACUACCGCGAGAACAAGCAGGGCUGGCAGAACUCCAUCCGCCACAACCUGUCUCUCAACAAGUGCUUCGUGAAGGUGCCGCGCCACUACGACGACCCGGGCAAGGGCAACUACUGGAUGCUGGACCCGUCGAGCGACGACGUGUUCAUCGGCGGCACCACGGGCAAGCUGCGGCGCCGCUCCACCACGUCGCGGGCCAAGCUGGCCUUCAAACGCGGGGCGCGCCUCACCUCCACCGGCCUCACCUUCAUGGACCGUGCCGGCUCCCUCUACUGGCCCAUGUCGCCCUUCCUGUCUCUGCACCACCCCCGCGCCAGCAGCACUUUGAGUUACAACGGCACCACAUCGGCCUACCCCAGCCACCCCAUGCCCUACAGCUCCGUGUUGACUCAGAACUCUCUGGGCAACAAUCACUCCUUCUCAACGGCCAACGGCCUGAGCGUGGACCGGCUGGUCAACGGGGAGAUCCCAUACGCCACGCACCACCUCACCGCUGCCGCGCUCGCAGCCUCAGUGCCCUGCGGCCUGUCCGUGCCCUGCUCUGGGACCUACUCCCUCAACCCCUGCUCGGUCAACCUGCUUGCGGGCCAGACCAGUUACUUUUUCCCCCACGUCCCGCACCCGUCAAUGACUUCGCAGAGCAGCACGUCCAUGAGCGCCCGCGCUGCGUCCUCCUCUACGUCUCCGCAGGCUCCCUCGACCCUGCCCUGUGAGUCUUUAAGACCCUCUUUGCCAAGUUUCACGACGGGACUGUCCGGGGGACUGUCUGAUUAUUUCACACAUCAAAAUCAGGGGUCUUCUUCCAACCCUUUAAUACAUUAACAUCCCUGGGACCAGACUGUAAGUGAACGUUUUACACACAUUUGCAUUGUAAAUGAUAAUUAAAAAAUAAGUCCAGGUAUUUUUUAUUAAGCCCCCCCCCCCAUUCUGUACGUUUGUUCAGUCUUUAGGGUUGUUUAUUAUUCUAACAAGGUGUGGAGUGUCAGCGAGGUGCAAUGUGGGGAGAAUACAUUGUAGAAUAUAAGGUUUGGAAGUCAAAAUUAUAGUAGAAUGUGUAUCUACAUAGUGACUGUUUUGCCAUUUCAUUCAAACCUGACAAGUCUGUAAGAGCCGCCAAAUUUCCAUGUGUGCAGUAUUAUAAGUUAUCAUGGAUCUAAAUGGUGGAUGCAGACCUUGAGAACAACCUAAAUUAUGCGGAGAGUUUUUAAAUGUUAAACUGUAAUUUGUAUUUAAGACACAUUCGUAGUAAAGGUGCCCAAGAAAUUAUUUUGGCCAUUUAUUGUUUUUGUCCUUUUCUUUUAAAAACUGUUUUUUUUUCUUUUGUUUACUUUUAGACCAAAGAUUGGGAUCUAGAAAAUGCACUUGGUAUACUAAGUAUUAAAAAACAAACAAACAAAAAAGUGAAAGUUGUUUCAGUUGGCAGCACUGCCCAUUCAAAUGAAUUGGAAGGGGACAAAAUUAAUGAUUGCCUUCAGUUUGUGUUGUGUAUAUUUUGAUGUAUGUGGUCACUAACAGGUCACUUUUAUUUUUUAUAAAUGUAGUGAAAUGUUAAUACCUAUUGUACUUAUAGGUAAACCUUGCAAAUAUGUAACCUGUGUUGCGCAAAUGCCGCAUAAAUUUGAGUGAUUGUUAAUGUUGUCUUAAAAUUUCUUGAUUGUGAUACUGUGGUCAUAUGCCCGUGUUUGUCACUUACAAAAAUGUUUACUAUGAACACACAGAAAUAAAAAAUAGGCUAAAUUCAUAUAUAUCUUGAUACUUUUGUCUCUUUUAUUAAGUAGACCUAAUUUCUAAAAGAUCAUUUAAGUUCUAGGGAAUUCAAAGGCUUUUUCAGCCACGAAAAUUUAAACUGCUCCUUUCUUUUGAACUAAGACUUUAAAAAUGAAAAUAGUAUUUUUUCCAUUGUGGAAUUACAUUUUACCAGG